AUGCCCAACACCGUUGCACGGAUGAUGGGCCAGCUUUUUCAGUGGCCCUUCAUCUUAUCUCCCGCGACUUGCAGGCCCUUCAUGUACGGGACCUUUUCGACCUUUUCUUCCCGUUUCCAUUUCCCAGCCAGCUGGGCAACUCUACGGACGCCAAGCCGAGCUAACAAGGUUGCUUUGCUUUUCCUGCAGGGCGGUGCAACGCCCAAGCGAGGAACCCCAACCAUGACUCGGCCUUGUUUGGGGAGUUGGGAACUUGGGACUGGAGUUCUUGGCCGUGAAUCUUGGCAAUCAAAACGGGAUGAACAUGAAUGGAGUUGUUAG